AUGGCGGCGAUGGCGGCGCUCGUGCUCUUGGUGGCCGGGGCUGCCACAGCAAUUCCCGUUCAGCAAGCUCAUCUUGGGGAAAAGGUUGCGGGGCCGGGACCGGGGCUCUAUGGCAUCAGUGCCAACAAUCUCGCCGCCAUGGACAGCAUGCGUGGCAUCUAUUAUUUUGUGGGCUUCAACCUGACCACCCAGGUGAAUGCGCUCCUGGGCUUGAACUUGGAUACGGGCGCCAUUGAUGUUCGCGUUGAGCUCCCCUUUUCCACCUUUGGAUUCAUCGGCGUCGGUGAAACGGUGGACGUUGAUCCCUUCAGUGGCGAUGUCUUUGUGUCCGGCCUCGACUCGAACCAAAAGCACAACCUGUACCGCGUGAACAGCCAGACCCAUGAGCUCAAGAAACUGGCGAGCGUUGGCGACCUAAGCGUGCUCGGUGGUUGUCACGCCUAUGACGCCAAAAACGAGAUUGUGUGGAUCCAAUACGCCGUCAACAAUUCGGGCGACGUGACCACCCAGCUCUUUGGAUUUGAUGCCCACGAUGGUACCAUCCGCCACCAGAUCAAACCGGAAGGCAGCCUUUUGGUCAGCACCCUGUCGUACGAUGUCCGCAUGGGUAUCAUGUACGGCCUCGGCUUUGACACUGCUGCGGAUGCCCGCACCAUCGUCAGCCUAGACGGCGCCACUGGCGAGGUGCUUGCCCGGCUCGGCUCACGGGCACGGACGCCUUGGCAUUUGCAACAUCAGAACUACUUGAUUGAAAACGGCGGGAUCGCGACCAUCGACUCGCGUACUGGCAUUCUUUAUAGUCAGCUCGAGGCUGGCAAUGGUACCUCAACCGCACCUUUUCACCUUGUUGGCUAUGACAUUUACAACAAAAAGGUGCGUACUCAACCGAGUGGAAAAUCGCAGAGCCCCUGCCUCCUUUCCCAUCCUGACAAGUCGUGCCCUCAUGUCGUGCUCGCUCGUGCCACAGAUCGUCUCCCACCCCGUGCUGGGCAGCGAUCCCGGCAACUUGCCUUGGUCACUUGA